GACAAACAAAGUCGUUACGAAAUUCUUGUAAAACGGGGCGCAACACUAAUAUUUGUUUGAAUACGGACACUUCCGUGGACGAUAUCAGCUAUUACUGACAGACAAGAUAUAAGCAAACAAAAAUUACAAAACAUGGAAACACAAACACAACCAGAAUCAGUCACAUUCAAGGUCCCUGAGGAUCCAGCAUCAAUUGAGAAAGAACAAGAAGCCAAGCUGAAGGCAAAAUAUGGACCAUUGGUAAAGAAACCUGGUGGUGGGUCUGCACUGCUCCAAAAGCGGUUGAACAAAGGGCCAAAGUAUUUUGACUCCGGUGACUACAACAUGGCAAAAGCAAAGAUGAAUAACCCGAAAAAGCCGCUCCCUGCACGAGAAAAGCUCAUGUUACAAGAAUCAUUGGGCGCUGCCAUCCCUACCCCUGGAGAGGUAGAACACAUGAGACGACCUUCACAAAUAGCCAGCAAGCUUUUGAUCCAUGAUGUCGAAGGAGAGGGAGACGGACAGAUUGACGGAUAGAUGCUAUUCUGCAGUUACAGUGCAUACACAUUACCGCAGAUAUUCCUAACACGCAUUCAUAGAAACUUACUGUAUGUAGUGUCAUGAAGCGUAUUCUGUAAACAAAAACGAAGAUGUUUAAAUGGAACUUAAACUCCUUGGUGAAUUUUGUUUUUUGGCUUGCAAAGAAUUCGUUUGGAUUGGAAAAAUAGAAAUUCUGGAAGUGCAAUGGUCACCAUUUCUUUUCAAAACUGAGAUCAAUUUCCAUACUGUUUCCUAGUUAUUUUCUUGUAAGAAUUCCCUCCUGUUGAUAUUGUGUAAGAUUCAAAAAACUCAUUCAACAGUUGUAAAAAUCUUGUUUUGGUCUUGGUGUAUAUUGUUAUUAUUGGUAAUCUUUAAACAGUAUUGGAUGUUUGGAUGGUGAUUUGUUUUGUCUUUGUCCCUUUGUUUUAAGCCAUGAUCAUUUGGUGCCAUGUUAACAAACAGUCUCAAGUUCGAGUUUAGACUCAAGAGGCCAAUCUGCAAAUCAUCAUUUUUUUUUUUGUAAUAUAUUUUCCAGCAGAUCAAUUCUACGAACUUUGCUGAAAUUACUAUUUGAAAUGUCACAUGUUCUAUUAUUUGUAUAUAUGUUUUUGCAUGAAAUAAAGACCUUUUGUAAUUUUGUUAAAAGUGCUUCUCUGAGCCAUAGUCUGGACUCGGAUUGAGACUGUUGUAAUCAUAGGCCUUAGUGAAUUGUAGUAAGUGAGCUUAUACAUGUACAAUAUAAAACAUACUUGUAACACUGUAUUAUGGUAUGAAGAUUUUUUAAUUAUAAAUAAAAUCUUGUUUAAGUAUCCUUGCCCUUCUGUACUGCUUAGCAUAUGGUUGAAUAGCCCUGGUUCUAGUAAUGAUUCUGUUUAAAGAAUGUUUAUUUAAACUAUUUUAUGCGGCUGAAACUCAAAUUACAGUUAAAUGAAAGCUUAUAUUGUUUUAUCAAGCUCUGUAAUAUCAGUGCUCCAGUUAGGCCUAAAUAGCAGGGUGGGGCACACCCCUGCCCUACUCUAGCUCCCUGCAUCCAUUUUACUACACCCUGUUUUGUACUUUUGUUUGACAAAGUCAAUUUUCAGAAAUAUGUAUAAAAAUAAUUGAUAUUCACAAUUUUGACACUAAAGUUAAAAAUAACAGCUAAGGUACCGUUAUAUAUAACAAACUGUUAGUAUUAAAGUAGUUUAAACUCAUACACAAUAUUUUUUAAAGAUUUGAACAUUGGCCAUUGCAAGUAUACAUUUUAAGGUUAAGCUAAAUAUUGCAAUGAAUUCCAUUUUUGUUUUAUUCAUUUCACUGAUGUAGUUCACUUUUUGUUUUGUAGGUAACCGUACGGUUAUGUGUCUUUGUUGAGUUUAUAUUGAAGAGCAUUUAGGUGCAUUGAUCCAUAGCAAUGGCCAGUGAUUACUAUUCCCUUAUUUUACAAGAAAAAUAUGCUGAACAUUCAUUAUAAGAACAUUGGUAAGUGUGGAUAACAUAGAUUAUAUCUUUCAGUUAUAGUAAUUUGGGUAAUCUUAAAAAGAACAUGGUUGUCAGAGAAUGUUCAGCCUAAAACUGACAAAUUGACCCAGCUUAGGUUAUUUGAAACCUUAGCAUUUUUGCCUUAAAUAAGUUAUAAAAACUUUAUAAGUGGUUCAUUGUUAAUAGAAAGCUCAUGAAUGUUGUUGAAUGUUCAGAUGAUUAAUGACUUAAAUUUAAACUUUCCCUUUGAAGAAAGAUAUUGUAGUCCUGUGUAAAAGAUAAAGUUGAAAUAUAAGGUAUCUGCUUGAUUAUGCUAAACCAAAAGAAUUUGGAUUGCUGUAAUCUUCAUAACACCAUGUGUACUGAAAAGUGUUCUUGCAUAAUGUCAUUCUUAGGAAAUGGUUCUUUCUCUUCUGUGUUUUUAGUUGAAUUGAGUAUAUGAAGAUAGAAUGGAAAUAAAAGCAGUUGUUUUCUAUGUACUCUUAAAAUGAUUGCCAAGACAACAAACAUAGCUGUUCAGAAAAAUACGUUUAAAAUUGUAUAUCCAGACAUUUUAUGUUCCAUGUUACCAUAGUUACAUGUCAGGAAAAUUGUUUGUCAUUGUAACAGUUUUGAAAAAAUAAAUUGUUGUCAUGUU